AGAAGCCCCUGAGCCCCUGAACCCUCGAGUCCCAAACGUCACCAUAGAGUUUCUUCACAUAGCAGUCCAGGAAUGGCAGGAGACUAUGGAGAACACCAAGAUUCGCGGCGCGCCCACAACCACGAGACGAAGGGACCAGUUGCUGACAGUUUUGGCUUACUACAGAUCCAGAAUCCCGACAUAUCCAUCGUUUAUAGGUAGCUUUUGGAGAAGCAUUAUCGAGUGCCGCGACCAAUCUCACACCGACGACAUUCGUUCUACCAGGCGUACAUAUACUCGUACAGCACACUCAUACACCACAUACCACCACAUAUAAGCUACACUCUUUACAUACACAAACGUCCAAAUGGAGUCACUUAGAAGCUUUGCUCGCCGCACCGUCGAUGAUGAGUCGUCCAAGGACCACAUUGUCAACCUAAUGAUCGCCCUCCUUGCGCUCGUCUUUUGCGCCCUUCUGUCAGUCACCAUUCUCCUGCUCCUCAAGAGAAUCAAGCAAAAGACGCCCGGGCACAGCGAGGGUCUUCCUCAGUACCGCGACGACCAAAAGCAUUCCAGUAAUCACCGACGUCUAACGAUCUCGACCGGGCCCGGCGCCCCCCGGUCCAGCGUCAUUGUCUUCAAGGAUGGACAGCCCAUGCUGGCCAACCCUGCUUCCCCUCCUCACUCGCCCGACAACGUUCCCGAAAUCCACAUUACGUUCCCGGAUGAGCAGGAUGACCAAGGCCGCCGCCGCAGCGGUCGUGUCCUGGUUGUCAGACUUGGAGAGUCGACCAUUGGCCUCGAACCCCGCCAGGAUGAGCAGCUCCCCGCGUACGAGAAGGAAAGCAACUCGCAGUUUGUCUCGGUCGAUAUCGAGAAGAUCGGCGGCCUCAAGGAGAAGGAGUACCGUUAAAGUGUAGAUAUAAACGGCACAAGUUGAUGAAAAAGAAACAAGACCGACCUGGCAAAUUGAAGAGCUUGCUGUGCUCCUUUCUUUCUUUUCGGCACAUGAGGCUUCUGUUGGGGUUCGCUGUUGCAUUGAUGACUUUUUCAAGUU